GAGGUGAUGGGGGCUGGGCGUGUAUACUGAAGUACCGUUUUCUACAAGGUUUUGCUUAAAAAUAUUACUUCUUCAUUUUUCACAGAGAAGAUCCAGGCUAAAAUUAAUAUGGACCUUGUAACUGUCAUCUGGGCUGUUGGGUUCCUCCUGAUCCCUGGAUUAUCUGGAAACAAGGAAACAAUACAUCAGCCAGAUAGCUGUAAACACACAUUAUCCUGCUCAGAGUGCAUCAAGUCCCAUUCCAGAUGUGUGUGGUGCUCGGAUAAGAAUUUUACACAAGGAGGGGAGAUAGAAGGAUCUCGAUGUGCCACACGUCUAGAGCUUCUCCAGCGUGGUUGUGAUGAAGAACAUGUGAUAGACCCAAAAGGACUUGUUGACAUAGUGACCAACGCACCCCUGAGUGACAAUGCUGAUCAAGACACCAUCACUCAGCUAGCUCCUCAGAAAGUUCAUCUGAAACUGCGCCCUGGGGAAAAAUUAAAAUUUAAAGUGCGGUUCAAGCGUGCUGAGGGGUACCCCAUUGAUCUCUACUACCUGAUGGACCUGUCUUACUCUAUGAAGGAUGAUUUGGAGAAUGUAAAGAAGUUGGGAAGCGACAUUCUGGAGGUGUUACACAAAGUCACCAAGUCCGUACACAUUGGUUUUGGCUCAUUUGUGGAUAAGACGGUGCUGCCAUAUGUAAACACAGUGAAAUAUCAGCUGCAAAACCCGUGUCCAUCCAGAUCCGAGCGCUGCCAGCCACCCUUCAGCUACCGUCACGUCCUGUCUUUAACUUCAAACCUCACCUUAUUCCAGCAACGGGUCAGUGCAGAAAAUAUCUCCGGCAACCUGGACUCACCGGAGGGAGGACUCGAUGCUAUAUUACAGGCUGCGGUGUGCACAGAUCGCAUUGGCUGGAGAAAUGUCACACGUCUGUUGGUGUUUGCCUCUGACGAUGUCUUUCACAUGGCAGGAGAUGGGAAACUAGCUGGAAUCUACAUCCCCACUGAUGGGCACUGUCACUUAAAUGAGAAUGGAGAGUAUUCUCACAGCAAUAUGUAUGAUUAUCCAUCAGUGGGACAUCUCGCCCAGAUCCUCUCAGAGACCAAUAUUCAGCCUAUAUUUGCUGUCACCAGCAAUGUCCUCCCCACAUAUGAGGAGCUCUGUGAGCUGAUUCCUAAAUCUGCAGUUGGAGAAUUAAGUGAAGAUUCCAGCAAUGUGGUUAAUCUUAUAUCUGAAGCCUACAACAAUUUAUCUUCAACUGUGAAUCUGGAACAUGUAAAUCUACCAAAAGGAAUUCACAUCUCUUAUGAUUCACACUGUCCUGAUUCAACUACUGAGGGGCAGUCACAAGGCCAAUGCUCAGGGGUCAAAAUAAGCCAAACCGUGGAUUUUGAUGUAACAUUAUGGAUGGAUAAGAAGACAUGCCAGGAUGGAAUGCAGAGCUUCCAGCUCAGAGUGCUGGGAUUCAGUGAGGAAAUAAAUGUGGAAGUAGAACCUUUGUGUGACUGUAAAUGCAACGAUGAGGAAGUCUUCUCCAGUUACUGCAGUGGAGCUCAAGGAAAUUACAGUUGCGGCGUUUGCAGCUGCACUGAUGGCUACCUAGGAAAGAACUGUGAAUGCACAAAAAACACGCUUGAUACAGAAGUGAACUGCAUUACAAAGGGCUCAAUGCCAUGUAAUGGGCGUGGGAAAUGCCAGUGCGGGCGCUGUGCAUGUAAUAAGAAUGUGCGAGGAGACUUUUGUGAGUGCGAUGAUGACAGCUGUGAGUGGCACGAAGGCCAGCCUUGUGGAGGUUCUUCCAGGGGCACUUGCAAAUGUGGUUCCUGUGAGUGCACCUCCAAUUACACAGGCAGUGCAUGCGGCUGCAGUCUGGAUACCAGCGCUUGUAUAACACCCAGCGGGAUAUGCAGCGGGCAUGGAAAGUGCGAGUGCAAUAAAUGCGUCUGUGAAAAAGGAUACUUUAACAAGUUGUGUAGUGAAUGCCCUGGAUGCCAGACACUAUGUCAGAAACACAGCGCAUGUGCUGAAUGCAAGGCAUUUGGGACAGGACCUCUCAGGGAUAAUUGCUCCUUAUCCUGUACUCUUGUCAGUGUCACAAUGAUUAAAGCCUCUGAGUCAGUAGGGGAGGACAGGGAUGGAUGGUGCCAAGAGAAAACAGAAGACACACUGCUUACAUUCCACGUGGCGGAGGACAAAGGGCUCGUGACUAUCCACGUGCAGGAAAAGGAAGAGAAUGCAUAUCAGACAAACCGUCUCAUCUUCGGCCUCGUUCUGGGCAUUGUAUUGUUAGGGUUACUCGUCAUCGUCUCCUAUCGGAUCAUUGUGGAGUUGUUUGACAGGCGGGAAUAUCAACGCUUCCUGAAAGAACGAAAAAAUGAACAAUGGAACGAUGCACAAAACCCACUGUAUAAAAGUGCUACGACUACUGUACUAAACCCAAACUUCAUCCAAGAGUAAUCAGCAUCUUCACAAUUGGAUAUUUGGUAGCAGAAGACACAGACUGUAUAGAACCAUUGUUCAUGUGGCUCCGUCGUACUUGUCACCAAGAAAGCAGCAUGCACUCUGUUAUCUGGUCAGGAGUGAAUAAAGAAGAAUCACAAUGAA